GGGCCCGGCCCUCCAGGUGGGCGGGGCGCGGGCGGGGAUGCCGGUAGCCCUGCGCCGCACCGGGAAGACCCGAGCGGGGGAAGCAGCGUCUGUCUCUUUAAAUGCCACGGGCUGAGCUCCCGCCCCGGCCGCCGGGAGCCUGAUCCUGAGCCGCGGCCCUCCAGCUCCCGCUCCGGAGCUAGUUGGGCGCUUGUUGCUCGGCCGGCCCACGCGGGAGCCGGCGCCGCGAGGCAGCGAGCCGGGCUGCCGCCUUCUCCUCCCGCGCCCCUCUGCUGGACGACCUUCUGCACGCACACAGGUGGUCCUCGCCCGCGCCCGGGACGUGCGCCCAUGACCCCUCUCCAGCCCGUGUGACCCUCCACCCCCGGCGAGAUGGGCAACCAGGUGGAGAAGCUGACGCACCUGAGCUACAAGGAGGUGCCCACAGCCGACCCGGCCGGCGUGGACCGCGACGAUGGGCCCCGCAUCGGGGUGUCCUACAUCUUCUCCAACGACGAGGAGGACCUGGAGCCGCCGCCGCCGCCCCCUCCACAGGGCUCGGAUGGGGACGGGGACCGAGACCGAGACCGAGCCGGGGACGCGCCCCCCGCGCAGCAGCCCUAUGACCCGCGGCUGCACGAGGUGGAGUGCUCGGUCUUCUACCGCGAUGAGUGCAUCUACCAGAAGAGCUUCGCGCCCGGCUCGGCGGCGCUCAGCACCUACACGCCCGAGAACCUGCUCAACAGGUGCCGGCCGGGCGACCUGGUGGAGUUCGUGUCGCAGGCGCAGUACCCGCACUGGGCCGUGUACGUGGGCGACUUCCAGGUGGUGCACCUGCACCGGCUGCAGGUGAGCAACAGCUUCCUGACGGACGCCAGCCAGGGCCGGCGGGGCCGCGUGGUCAACGACCUGUACCGCUACCGGCCGCUCAGCCCGGGUGCCGUGGUGCGCAACGCGCUGGGCCAGGUGGGCGCCCGGGAGCGCGAGCUGAGCUGGCGCAGCUCCGAGAGCUUCGCCGCCUGGUGCCGCUAUGGCAAGCGCGAGUUCAAGAUCGGCGGCGAGCUGCGCAUCGGGAAGCAGCCCUACCGCCUGCAGCUGCAGCUGUCGGCGCACCGCAGCCACACGCUCGAGUUCCAGAGCCUGGAGGACCUCAUCAUGGAGCGGCGGCGCAACGACCAGAUCGGCCGCGCCGCGCUGCUGCAGGAGCUCGCCGUGCACCUGCAGCCCUCGGAGACCGACGACCCGGCCGACGGGGCCCCGGCACCCAGGACGCCCCCGGAGGAGCCCGCGGAGGAGCGGGAGGCGGCGGGGCGCUGAGCCAGCCGCCAGGUGGAGCUGUUUGCAGCCGCCGCCGCGCCCCCCUCCGGUCCCGGGAGCCCCAAGCCGGCAGCAGGGUGGAGCCAUUUGCCGCAGCUGCCGCGCCCCACUCCGGGUCCCGGGAGCCCUGGCCUGCCCGGGGGUGGAGCUGUUUGUGGCCUGGCCGCCGCCGCCGGGAGCCUGGGGUCUCCGAGGGGUGGGGCGUUGUGCAGCCGCGCCCCCUUCUCCUCUUCUCGCCAG